AUCUCGAUUUUCGAAGAUGUCAGCAGUGUCCAUCUGUUCUGGAGGUUUAGAUUCAGGAGGAGAAGUUCCGGCUGCACUAGGGUCUGUGCCGGUUUUCUUACUACUAGUCAUGGUUUGGGGCUCAGAUCCGGAGAUGGCGAGGUUGAGGAGGAUGACAAAAGCUUCUAGCAGUAGGUGGAGUGGUCCGGCAGUAGAGACGGUUCAGCAGCUUAGCAACAAUCGUAGAGGUAGUUCAGCAGUCCACAGAUCGACUUCGACUUCGACUACAACUUUGAGUAGCAACAGCAGUGGCGCAACAGUGGCAGAGCAGUGGCGCAGCAGUGGCAAAGCAGUGGCGCAGCAACAGCAGCAGCAGCAGAAGUGGCGCACCAGCAAUCCAGACUCAAACGAAUCUGGUUCAACAGCAGCAGUCCAGACUCCAGUUCUAGGUAGUAGGGUGAGAUGUGAAAUAGAGAAGGGUAGAAGGGCGACAAUGAAGGGAUUGAGGGAUUUAGGGUUUGAGAUUUGUAGGGGAGCGCCAAAAGGGAAGGUGGAAGAUGACUUAAGUGAGUGUGUGUGUGAGAGAGUCCGAGGGUGAGAGGCAGAGGCAGUCAUUGGAGAAAUGGAGAAAUGAAUGAGGCUGUUUAGGGUUAAAAGGAUUAGGUUGGGCUUUGGGUUGGGCUUUGGGGUGGGUUAAAUUUUAUUGAAUUGAAUUUGGGUUUUAAAAUUAUAUUAAAUUUAAAAUGAAAUU